AUGGCUGGUGGGGAAAGGGAACGCAAGGGCAAGCGCAAAGAGUCCAGGUUUAGUGAUCGCCCUCGUCCAAAGAAAACAAAAGCAGAGCUUGCAGCUUUGGCAGAUAAACGUGCGGGUGUCUAUCUCAAGGAGACUCCAGGCAGUGCUUUUGUCUUCUGCCCGGUUGACGGCAAGAAGUUGGAGGGGGCUUUGAAGAAGUGCCCUAGAUGUCUGGUUCAAUAUGCAAAGGCAAACCUUACGCAGGGGGGGCCCAGCAAGUGGGCGUGUCUCUAUGAUGCUAGAGACAUUGCUGCCUUCUGGAGGAGGAAAAUUUUUUGGCGUCUGGCUGCAACCAAUCACUCUGGGGUUUUGUGGAGCACGCAGCCGUUUGUCCCUUUGCCUGCCUUUGAAGCAGUCUUCUCGGAUGAUUGGAAUGAGCUGGCUGUUAAGACAGCCACUGUCGAGACGCAUGUCAAAAUUCUGGAGACUACCAGGGCAGUGCAGGAGUUUUGUGGGUUUGGGACAGUCAAUGAGAAAAGGGGUCAUGGGGCAUGCAAGCUUCUGGCUUCUGGGGAGGUUCUGGUUGUCGUCCCACCUGUAGAGGUCACGCAUACUUACAGCAAGGCUGCCGGUGCAAGAGUCCAUUUUGUUUACGGGUGGGUUCAGAUGACCAUCACGGGAAACAUCAGCAAAGCUGAGGACAUGGUGGAGCCUGCACAAGGUUGGCAGUUUGUGGAACGCUGGAUAAGAGAUCAAGUGUGGGAUAUGCUGACUGAUCUUGAGAUGGGGGUGUCAGAGGCAAUGGUCGCAGCAUCAGAAGCCAUUCUCCUGUCAGAGUAUGGGUCUCAAGAGGAGUGUGAUGCGGCACGUGUUGAGAGAAGUAUGGUGGUUGAGCAUUAUGUCAUGCCAAGGCCAGCAUCUGGGCCGCAAGUUGAGCGAAGGCGGAAGCAAGCAGCUGAGAUGCAUGCUGGUGGCCUGGAUGAUGGCUUCUUCUCAUUGCCAGCGGCUGAAGAGGAUCAGCCAGAAGCCGCAAUGCCUCUGCCCCUCGCCCUCCCGCCUCGGCCUCUCCCUCCUCUUGCCCCCCCCCUGGCUCCCCUCCCUCUCCCAGCCGUCGCAAACCCAGUCCUGUAA